GCUGCGCUGCGCUGCGCCCAUGGCGGCCGGGCCCGGCGCCGCGCUCUGCCGCCUGCAGUACCUGGACGACAGCGACCCCUUCUCGUGCGCCAGCUUCCCGGAGCCGCGCCGCGCGCCCGUCCACCCGCUGCCGGAGGCGCUGCCGCUGGGCGCGCAGCUGCCCGCCCUGCACCGCCUGCUGGGCGCGCCCCUGCCGCUGGCGGACUGUACACUGCAGGUCUCACCAUCUGGACAGUACCUGGAUCUUGAUCUGUCCCUGCUGGAGCAGAAAGAUGAGCUGGAAGGAUUCUACGAGGAGAUCAGCAAAGGGCGGCGGCCAACUCUGAUCCUGCGCACGCAGCUCUCCGUCCGAGUCCAUGCCAUCCUCGAGAAGCUGUACAACUCCCAGGGGCCAGAGCUGAGGCGCUCCCUCUUCUCCCUCAAGCAGCUCUUUCAGGAGGAUAAAGACCUGGUGCCAGAGUUCGUGAACUUGGAGGGGCUGAUAUGCUUGAUCAAAGUGGGAGCUGAGGCCGACCAGAACUACCAGAACUACAUCCUGCGAGCGCUGAGCCAGAUCAUGCUGUUCGUGGACGGGAUGUUGGGCGUGAUUGCGCACAACGAGACCGUGCAGUGGCUCUACACGCUCUGCGGGAGCAUGUACCGCCUGGUGGUGAAAAUGGCGCUGAAACUGCUGCUGGUGUUUGUGGAGUACACGGAGUCCAAUGCCCAGCUCCUCAUCCAGGCUGUCAACACGGUGGAGCAGGCUAGAGGUGCGUAUCCAUGGUCCAACCUGGUUGCAAUCUUAGAGGAGCGCAAUGGGGCUGACACGGAGCUGCUGGUGUUUGCGAUGACACUUAUCAACAAGACGCUGGCAGCCCUCCCGGACCAGGACUCGUUCUACGAUGUGACAGACUGCCUGGAGCAGCAGGGGAUGGAGUGCAUUGUGCAGCGCCACAUGCACAACAAAGGCCUGGAUCCUGACGUGAAGCAGCAGUUUGCAAUCUAUGAAAGCUCGCUCAGACAUGAAGACGGAGUGGAAGAGCUGCCGCCGGGGGUGCGCAAGGAGCGGCGGAAAACAGACGAGAACCGGCGCGGCCGGCGCUCCCUGGGUGGCAACGUAGAUGCUGGAGCCGGUGCAAGCUCCCCAAGCCCAGCUGUGGAGGACAACAAGCUGCCUGAGCCCUCCAGCCCCCCGAGGGAACCCACUGCCGAGACGGAGACGGAGAGCAGCCCAGCUCCGCCCUGCUUCGAGAGUGUUUACAACAGCACAUCCAACGUGCGGCUCUCUGCGCCGGCCUCCCCGGAGGAGAGGGAGCACCCCAGCCUGGGGGAGAGGAGCGUUUUCAAACUUCACCAAACUGCCCCUGUUUGGCGAGAGGAGAGCCCCCCUUUGCGUGGGGACAAGCCCGUUCUGAGGAAGUUUGAAGCUCGCUUCUUGGAAAACCUGGCUUCAUCCCAAAAGGAGAAGCUGUCUGCGAUGUCCAAGGGGCGGCUUGACAUCCUCGCUGAAGCCAUUCCAGGGGGCGGCCAGCUCAGCCCAGAGCCACCCCCAGCAGCCUCUGCCCAGCGCCACCGAGCGGCUGGGGACCAGCCGAGCCAGGCAGAGCUGCAAGGCAGUCAGGACCUGGAGAACGCCAGGCCCCGUGGCAAGGCCCCUGACGGGCAGGUCUCUGGCGCCCGGACCCGGCUCCCGCGCACCCAGUCCAGCGUCGAGGCAGAAGCCAAUGCUCAGAACGUGGAGCGGGCCCUCCUGACCCCGUUUAAAAAGGACUUUGAGUUCAUGUGGGAUCGUCUGGAGGCCGGCCCCAUGCUGCUGAAGAUCAAAGACCUGGACUUCUCAGACCUGGGUGAAGAGGAAGAUUUUGAUGCCUUAGAGCAAGGGGCAGUAGGAAAUGACUCUUUCCAUGUGCCUCCUCCACCACCUCCUGGCACUGGGGCACUGACUGCAGGAGGCCUCCUGGCUCCCCCACCACCACCACCCCCACCUCCUAGCUGUCCCCCACCCCCCGGCUGUCCUCCGCCCCCACCACCCCCUGUUCCUGGCUGCCCACCCCCUCCUGCGUUGCUGGGCCCCCCUGCGCCAGAUGGCCGUUCCCCUGCCAAGAAGAAGAAGACGGUGAAGCUCUUCUGGAAGGAGCUGAAACACCCCAGUUCCCGUGCUGGGGCUGGCCGGUUUGGCCAGAGCACCGUGUGGGCGUCCCUGGAGAGAGUGGAGAUUGACGCGGCCAAGCUGGAGCAUCUCUUUGAGUCCAGAGCGAAGGAAGUGCUGAGUUCCAAGAAAGCUGCUGACGGGAAGAAGUGCACGGUGAUCCUCGACCCCAAGAGGAGCAAUGCCAUUAACAUCGGCCUGACGGUGCUGCCGCCCGCUCACAUCAUCAAGACGGCCAUUCUCAACUUCGACGAGUUCGCCAUUAACAAAGAAGGGAUUGAGAAAAUCCUGACCAUGGUUCCCACCGACGAAGAGAAGCAGAAGAUCCAGGAGGCGCAGCUCGCCAAUCCUGACGUCCCCCUGGGCUCAGCCGAGCAGUUCCUGCUCACCCUCUCCUCCAUUAGCGAGCUCACGGCUCGGCUCCAGCUGUGGGCAUUCAAGCUGGACUAUGAGAGCAUGGAGCAGGAGAUCGCGGAGCCUCUGUUUGACCUGAAAUUGGGGAUGGAACAGCUGGCCAAAAACCAGACCUUCAGGUGUAUCCUGGCUACUCUGCUGGCCAUGGGGAACGUCCUCAACGGCUCCCAGAGCCGGGGCUUCGAGCUCAGUUACCUGGAGAAGGUCUCGGAGGUGAAGGACACCGUGCACCGGCAGUCUCUGCUGCACCACCUGUGCCACUCGGUGGUGGAGAGGUUCCCCCAAACCAGCGACCUCUACUCGGAGAUCGCAGCCAUCACCCGCUCAGCCAAGGUUGACUUUGACGAGCUGGCGGAAAGCCUGAGCCAGCUGGAGCGACGGUGCAAAGCAUCAUGGGACAGCCUGAAGGCCAUCGCCAAGCACGAGACCAAACCGGGCCUGAAGAGCAAGCUGAUGGAUUUCCUGAAGGACAGCUCCCGGAAGAUCCACGUUCUGAAGGUGGUGCACAGACGCAUACUCCACAGGUUCCGCUCCUUCCUGCUGUUCCUGGGCUACCCGCCGGCGGCCGCGCGGGACAUGAAGGUGACGGGGUUCUGCCGGCUCCUGCGGGAGUUCGCCCUGGAGUACCGCACGUGCCGAGAGCGCGUCCUGCAGCAGCAGCGCAAACGGGCCGCGCACCGCGAGAGGAACAAGACCCGGGGCCGGAUGAUCACGGAGAUGGAGAGAUUCUCCGGCAUGGCCGACAGCCCUGAGUCAAACCCCUCUCCAGCCACGGGGUCGGCCUGCCCAGAGCAGCAGGCGGAUGCAGGCCACGAGACCAUGAAGAGUGUGUUGAGCUCGGCUGUGGAGCCCCACAGCCGGCGCAGCAGGGCCAGCCGAGGCGUGGGUCGGUCAAGCCCCUCCAGCGGCUCCGUGCCCCAGGACGACAGCUCCGGCUCCCCGGCCGACGCCUCGGAUGAAAUCAUGGAUCGCCUUGUGCAGUCCGUCACCCACAGCGCCGGCCCGCGGCCGGGCGCCGCCAAGGAGCGCAAGAGGUCACGUGUCAGCAGGAAGUCCAUGCGGCGGACUCUGAAGAGCGGCCUGAGCGAUGACGUGGUGCAGGCCCUGGGCCUGGCGCAAGCUCCCGGCGUGCAAGUGUGACGGUUGCCGUGGCCAGCGGAGCCGCUGCGGAAGGAGCCUGCCUAGAGCCCGCGAUGCCCCACCCCCGGAGCGAGCGGGGCCAUGAACGUGCUGAGCGGGAGCCCGGCCGGCCCAGCCCCGCGCUCUGCGGCCUGGAGGAAGGCAGUCGCUGGGCAGGGCCGGUGCUUGGGGAGCACCGAGCCUCUGCCCCGGGGCCGCAGCCCAGCAUGACUGGCACCACUGGAGCCCCUCUGAAGCGUCGCCUGCUGGUGCCACAGGAUGGGCACUCCCGCCACAGUGACUACUGCUUCUCCCCACCCCCACCAUGGGCCUCCCUGCGUCCUGUCCCCCCCCACACACCCUGCCCUAUGGGCCCCCCCGCAUCCUGCCGUCCAUCCGGCCCGUGCUUUCCUGCAGUGGGGCCGUGCGCUGAGUGGAUUUGCUCUGGGGACACUGUAGCAUUUGAGCCCUUUGUGGGCAGCUGGCGAGUGGGACGUGUGCUGUGGAUUAGUUUGGCUGGGCCCUGCAAAGAGAAGCGCUGGCUGCGGCAGAGGCUUGGGCAUGGAUGGGCUGCAUAGCACUGCCACCGCACUCCAUCUCCUUGGGUUUGCAUCCUGCCUUUCCCCUUCAGGUCACUGGAUUCCAGGGCUUCUCCGAGACUUCCCAGGGUCCCGCUAGGAAGCGAGUAGCAUUUCCCUGGGGGCUGGCACCUGCAUCCUCCCAGGGCUCCUGGUCCUUCCUGGGGGCUGGUGAUGGGAGGGGUCUGCGUGUGCACUAGCUGAGCAGUGCGUGGAAGCCGCCCCCCACCCACCCCACCGGGGGGAGCGCAGGGCUGGCUGGUUGCCUGGGAUGUGCAGUCUGACCCCCGUUAUGGUGAGUCGGGUUGUGUGCGCUGUAGCCACCCUCCAGCAGCACCUGGGGUGGGAAGGUCCCAGGGCAGUCGCUGGGGCCUGUGCCAAUUGGACUGA